UUGGCACAGAUGCAGGGAGGUCUAGCAGCUGUUAGUACCUAACAGAAAUUUCCAGAGCUUGGUAACUUAGUUUGAAACACAUAAUUCAACACUCAAUUUCACAAUGUUUAAACUUUUUUCCCUUCUGGAGUUGUGCCAGAAACUGACAUUUGAGUACACAAUUAAGGACACAGCACAGAAAAUGGUUUAAGACAAUACUAGUGUGGACAUGCAAUAAACUUGCAGAAUUUAUACUGAUUCAGUGUGCACACAAAUGAUUUUGUUUGAAAAUUGUCAAUACAUUAAUAUUGACUAAAAAAUCACUUAAGGCUGUAAUUCAUAAGUGGUACAUAUUGGAGUGGCUUAAAAUGCUACUGGUGUUAAUUUGGGGAGAUUCAAUUUAGCUACCCUUGCUGCUGUAGGAGUGCUGUGUGCUGGUGCCUCCAUCGUCACAGCUGGCGUAUUGCCUUUCACUGCUUUAGGUCACAAGUCAGUUCUCUGCUGUCAAUAGUGAUGUGGAGAAGAUACAGAAGGAAGCUGACUAUCCUUUGGUUUAUAACAUUCAUUACAGCUAGACUUUACGCGUGGAAAUCAAAUCGAGCUUUCUAGAAUUGCAGCAACUUUAAGUCUUCAAAAUUAUGAUGGAGUAAAAUGCUUCAUAUAUAAACCCAUAUGGUGGAAUUAGUCUCAGGGCCUUUCAUGGACAUUAUUCUAGUAAGAGGUGAAAGUAGCUGCUGCUUGUGGAGCUGUUUUAGAGAGGAGGUUCAGAUUUAUUUUAAUAUAUUAUUUAAUUAAAUACAAUUAAUAAAGCAUCUUAAAUGAGAUUGUGUUGUUCCUGUAAAAAAAUUAUAGUUCUUUAGUUCUCUUAUCACUGAUGAGCCCUUGAUUGCCUCUUGUUUGUAUCAUAGUGCACUAACAGUAAUACAAAGUGAGAAGGAUGUAAUAGGAGUCAGCCUUCAAUUGGGUGCAUCUGUUCAUAAGCUGCUGGUGGGAAGAAGCGGUGACUUGCCAGUGGUUAUUUGGUGCUGUAGUGGCUGAUACUGAAACUGAUUUCUUCCCCUCCUAAAGCAUAUGUGAUAUCUUCUCAUCAUUAGAACUGCUAUUUAGUUCUAGUGGUUAUGGAUUAAAUACUAGUUUUGUGUGCAGGUUUUCUUUCCCUCCCAUAAAAUGACAGGUAGACAUACAUUGCAAGUUUUGUUACGACAGUAUCUCCUAACACUGUAAAUAAACAGAAACAUUCCUGUAAAUGUAAACAUUUCUUUAAAUAGUAUGAAGAUCAAAAUGUCUUUCCACUUUCUUCCUGAGUGAAACAAACACAAAGCCUAUUCUAGAACUCUGAGGCUAUCUUGUGGUUAGAGGAUGCAGACGUGGGGCAGAAGGUCUGAUCAGAUAUCAGUGUGCAAAGGGUGAGAAAUUUGAUAAGCAGUACUCAGCAGAAGUCUCUGAAACACUCUGAGUGUACAUAUGAAGAGAGUUCUAGACCACAAGUAAAAAUUUGGCCACAUAUUUGAAAAGUCAGUGUUUGUAUUUCAGAAUAAAUGUUUUUGUGAGUUUCAACAACUUAGCUAACUACCAUAGACAACACUACAGUCUCAUUGUGUCUCUGUACAGCCUGUAAUAUGGAAGGAGCUGGGCAUUAAAUCCUACCCAACUGCAAAAUACAGAGUUUGCAGGCUUAACAUUUUAUACUUAGUAACAUUUGAUCUGGGUUAGCAUUUCUGCUAACUGUCUAUUCUACUAAUUGAUUAGAUACAUUACAUAUUGUAAAUAAGUGCAUCUUCUCUGUUGUGCACAUUUCAGAGGAGAUUUAUGUAAACCAAUACUAAAAUGGAGAUUAUUGUAUUCCAGGCCAGAGGUUAAAAAAUUUCCUGUGGACAGACACGAAUAGAUGUAGAAUGUAUAGGCAGUAGCAUUUUGCUUCUGCUUGGAUGAUGAGGUUCUGAUAGGGCACACAGGAUGCAUGCUAGCUGCUUAUAACAACCUGGAAUUCCACGUUAAUUUUAUGGAGAUUGCAUUCCCCCACUUUGCCAUUACAGGACAUGAAAUCAUGUAGUUGAAGAAGUCAUGAUGAAGUACUUUUAUACCAAAUUAUACAGUUUUGGGACACAAUGCAGGUUACUAACAGAAAAGAGCUGUGCCAUAACAUAUACCAAAUAUUAGAACUACUAUGCAUCACAAUUUUCAGUAUAAAAAAAUAUUUUUGCCAACAUAUGAAUGCUAUUACCUGCCAUGUCUCAUGGAUAAUAAUAGAAAAAAUAUGAGGCAAACCAAACCAAAGAAAUUUAAAGCAUAAUUUAUGUAUGUGGCUUACAUAAUAAAACACCCUCUGGUCAUACAGAAUAGAAAACCAACACAAGACAACUUUAAACAGAAAGUAUGCUGACUGAAUUUUAUCUUUCACAACAUAUUGUAUUUUUUCUAAAUGGCCCACUGACUCACUGUCACCAUCUGGUACGGCUUUUAGUUUAUGCAGCUAUUGGCUUUAAAGCUUCUGGAUGUCAAUAUCAGAACUUAUUGUCAUGCAGCUCAUCAGAAGUAAUUUGUAGUCCCUACAAUAGCAAAAAAGAUAAGGCUGCUAUGACCAAAAAAAAAAAAAAAAAGCAGGAAAGCACCAUCUCUUAACAGAGUCAUGAGGAAGAAAAUGCUUCAUGUGCUGGGUACGACAGGUGGCCUUCAACCACGUUUUCCUCUGAAGCUUUCUGCCAGCAUUAUAUUAAAAACACCUGUGAUAGCCCACACCUCUGACUCCUAAAGCUAUGCACUGACAAUGUAGUUUAACUCACAGGUGAACAGAGUAUAUAUGUGAAUGAUUAGUAACAGAUCCAACUGUGUUAAGGUUUUGCUCUGGUGGAUGGUUUGCAAGUUCAGAGCCCAGCGUGAUGUCAGGGAAACUUUAUUCUGAAACUGAGAACCUAAAGAACUAGGAAGUGUGAUGUAGAGGUUCAUGUGAAAUCAGAGCUCUAUCGGUCUGAAAGAUCCUCUUAACAAACUCCCAGUCUUCCUCAUGGGCUCUGGUUUUGCUGCGGUGCUCUCCAGGCCUUUAGUUCACCCUCUACCAUUGAAUUCUUUGGAGUGCAGUUCAAUACAGUAGAUAUCUACAAACUGUCAAGCUGCUGGCUAUUAUUGGGAUGAAGCUGUGGUAAAAGCCAAGUCUUACACCAAUUAUACAGUGCUUCUGAAGAGUUCCAGGUGCGGGCAUGCUGGAGGUUCAGGCGUCCUCUGUCAGGGAAUGCUCUGAGUACUGACUGACUGCUGAUAGUUACACUGAAGACAGAGCUGGUGAACAGAGAAAAGAGGAGGCCUUGGUCACAGAGCACCGCUAAAGAAAUGAGCCGUCAGACUGCUACAGCACUACCUACAGGUACUUCAAAGUGUACGCCAUCACAGAGAGUGCCUGCGCUGACUGGCACUACAGCUUCCAAUAAUGACUUGGCUAGUCUCUUUGAGUGUCCUGUCUGUUUUGACUAUGUGCUGCCACCAAUUCUUCAGUGUCAGAGUGGCCACCUUGUUUGUAGCAACUGUCGCCCCAAACUUACAUGCUGUCCAACUUGCCGAGGCCCACUGGGCUCCAUUCGUAACCUGGCUAUGGAGAAAGUUGCCAAUUCUGUACUAUUCCCGUGUAAAUAUGCCUCUUCUGGAUGUGAGAUAACUCUGCCACACACAGAAAAAGCAGACCAUGAGGAGCUAUGUGAGUUUAGGCCUUAUUCCUGUCCAUGUCCUGGUGCUUCAUGUAAAUGGCAAGGUUCUCUGGAUGCUGUAAUGCCACAUCUGAUGCAUCAACAUAAGUCAAUUACAACACUUCAGGGAGAAGAUAUAGUGUUUCUUGCUACAGACAUUAAUCUUCCUGGUGCUGUUGACUGGGUUAUGAUGCAGUCUUGUUUUGGCUUUCAUUUCAUGUUAGUAUUGGAGAAACAGGAAAAAUAUGAUGGUCACCAGCAGUUCUUUGCGAUUGUACAGCUGAUAGGAACACGCAAGCAAGCAGAAAACUUUGCUUAUCGACUUGAGUUAAACGGUCAUAGGCGGCGACUGACUUGGGAAGCAACUCCUCGAUCUAUCCAUGAGGGAAUUGCAACAGCCAUUAUGAAUAGUGACUGUCUAGUCUUUGACACCAGCAUUGCACAGCUCUUUGCAGAAAAUGGCAAUUUAGGCAUCAACGUAACUAUAUCGAUGUGUUGAAAUGGCAAUCAAACCUCUUCAGGCCAGUGUUUAAAACCAUUGCAUUUAAUUUAGCAGAAACUAGGGUAACCAUCGUUGACUGUCAGACAAAUUAUUUGGUAGAUGGAGGAUAGACAUAUAUGAAGGUAAAUAAAAGGAAAGGCUGUUAAAUUACAGGAAGCAGUUGCAUGUAGUAACACUAAUAUAUUUAAAAUAAGUCAACAGUAAACCACUGAAAAUAUAUAUACACCCAAAAUGGGCAUCUUUUGUAUUAAGAAUUGAUUCUACAGGAAAUGUUGUAAAAUAAUUCUAAAAACUUGUUUGUAGAUUGAUUGUACUGUUGAAAAGGAUACUGUUUCGUGUUUUUGUUUGUGUUCUUUUCCUCCCCCUUUGACUGACAAGCCAUGUUGAGCGGUUUGGGCUUUGGCCGCUGCUUCCCGUGCCCCUCCUCCCCCCCUCCUUUGUAAGUCACUACAUAGUAUUGCUGCUGUUUGUGUAUAUUUUUUGUGUAUUUGCUAAUUUUUAUUAACUUCUAGUUUUUCAUUAAAUAAAUAUGACUUUCUUUUCUGUAAUUCAGGUUUUUCUCUUUUUUUUUUUUUGUAUCUUUAAAAAAUUAAAUACAGGUGUCAUCUUUUGAUAUGCAUAAUUGCUAUGGUAAAAUUAAUAUUUCUGUAUGUUUGGUAAAUUUUGUCUCUUUCCAGUAGUCAAUUAAUUGGUGAUACUGUUCUUAAUUGAGCUAUUUUGUGAAUGUACUGAACUUGAAAGGAGUAAUUAUGUUCAAAGAUGCAUCAGGAAAGAAAGCUCCUUUAAAAACAGCUCUAGAUGUUGUUGUACUUUGAGUUAUGAUCUAACAAAAAUGAAUUACAAGGAUUUUUCCGCAUUUAAAAAAAACUACGUUUCAAAUUUAGAGAUGCUUAGAAACUCUCUUGCAUCCCUUGCAUCCUUCUGUUUGUUGGUUUGUUGGUACAAAGAAGGUGUUGUCUUUCACAGUGUUUGUAACUAUACAACAGGCCAUUUGUUUAACAACAAACAAAAAACACCAAAAAAACAAAGAAAGGGCAGACAGAAUGAGAUGUUUUCAGUCUUUUUACAUUUCUCAUUAAGAGAAUACCUGACAAAUUUAAAAACAAUUCUUUUGCUUUGUGCUUUAGCUCAAAGUUUGACACACUACUACUCUUGCUCACUUUCUUGUCCUGUCUCUCGGUUGUUACUGAAGUAAUUUUCUUGAACUGAUUUUUGUAUAUUAUUUUGGCGAUAUGAUACACAGUCAAAUGCAAGUAAUCUCUUACAGAUAUGAUUCACCAGCCGUAACAGCUUUUGUAAGAUAUGGGCUUUGUGCAGACUGCCUCUAUGUGAAAAAAAUUAACCAUGAAUGUAUAUGGUAUUUGUGUUACAAAACAGAUGCAAAGAAAGAAAAAAGGAUAACGUGAAAAGCUGUUUCAUCUCAAGCUAUUUAAAGGAAGUCUUUGUCAAACCUAGUAGUACUGGACAUCUGUUGGGAGAGGUAGCCUGACUAUUAAUUCCUUUUGUAACACAUUAAAAUACGGUUUAUUUAC